AUGCGUUUACAUUAUCUUGUUACUGUGUUGGUCGUUCUUAUUUUGAUUGAUGUCGGAGAGGGACAAGACAACAUCAGCAAAUGUUUGGAAUUGCCAUCAGUGAAAGAAAUCGUUACACGCUAUAUCUGUCCAAAACCCGAUCCUUGUGCAACAGUAGAUUGUAAUUGUAACGGGAAGUGUGUUGAUGGAAAAUGUCAAUGUAAAAACGGAUUUUUUGGAGAAUUCUGUACAGCACUAACUUCUCUAAUUCCAAAAGUAGCUGGCUUUGUUUCAAACAACAAAUCACUUAUUUCAUCCGAAGCCCAGACUAUUGGUUCUAUCGCAAAAGCAGGAGUAAGUAAAAAAUCUAAGGAAUUGAAAGAAUUACAACAAAUAAGAAAACUACGAAACAGGAGAUUAGAAGAAAAGAAAGGAAAAGACUUUAAAGAUAUACAAAAAUCACUUGGCUCUCUUCUUGGUUUUCCAUGGGCAAAAUAUCCUGGAGAAAAACAUCUUCAAGAUCAUAAUUAUACUGGUCCAGGUACUAGGUUAGAUCUACGAUUAGACGAAAACGAUAAACCCAAACCAGGGGGAAAUGAAACUUUCACUUUUGAUUUUAUAUCAAUUAUGCUUGGGAAAAAACAGUUUGAAUAA